AUGGCUUCUCGAAGGGCUUAUACUAGAAGGAAUGCGAGGGAAAAUGUGGAACAAGAAGCUCCUCCUCAAGCUCUUCAAAUUAUGGUCGACCCUUUGGCCGAGCAAGUAUCUAAUGCGAAGUUUAGGGCUACUUUUCAAGAAUUGGCUCAAGCCAUGACAGCCCAAGUCAAUAGGGAGGUAGUGGUUCCCGUGAACCUAAAUGUGGGUACGAUAGCUUCAAAAGUAAGGGACUUUACAAAAAUGAAUCCUCCGGAGUUUCAUGGUUCCAAAGUUGAGUUUAUCAAUGAGGUCUACAAGGUUUUGAUAAUCAUAGGUGUUACGCCGAUGGAAAUGGAAGAGUUGGCCGCUUAUCAAUUAAAAGGUGUCGCUCAAAUAUUGUAUGAUCAAUGGAAGGAAGAGAGGCCGGAAGAUGCAGUGCAUGCACACCAAAUAGAGGAGAAACUCAAGGGAAAGUAUAGAGAGAUAAAAAGGGCUAAGACCCGUGGUGGUAAUUUCUCUAACGCAAGGUCCGAUGGACAAGGUCGUCCAAGAUUCCGACAAAGGUUUUCCGGUCAAGGUUCCUCUAAUGCUUAUCCUAAUUUCAACCAAGAUAGGGUGUCUAACCCUAAGUCUCAAGGAGGUAAUGGUAGUGAAUUUUCAUUGCUUAGGUCUAACUGUGCUAAGUUUGGUAGAAAGCAAGAGGGUAAGGGCCUAGCCGGCACGGUUGGUUUCUUCGAUUGUGGUAAGAGUGGUAAAAAAAUGAAGGAUUGUCCACAGCUUAUGGCUAAAGGAAGAGAGGGCCAGAAAGCUACUAUUAGUGGUGCGGGUUUCAAUGCUCCUAAGAAAAACAACUUCUAUGCACUUCAAACUCAUAGUGAACGAGAGGGUUCUCCGGAUGUGGAGACUGUGACAGGGCAAUUUUCGUAUACAUGUCUAGCUAUAAUUGGGUCACCGGCUAGAGUAGAAACUGAGAAGGGUUCUGAGAAAGUUUCUGGACUGCCAUCGAAGUUUACUGCUAUAUACGGAGUUACCAAGGAAAGAGUAACCCCUGGAUCUAACAAAGAAUAA